GCAAUUAAUGGAAAUAAUCUCCACUUUCACAAAGACGCGACCUUCCAAAUUAUGCCCAGAGCAGGUGGAGCCCAUCAGUUGUUCAUGAUCCAUUGGAUGAGGGAUCACACGGCAUACCCUAUGGUGUUUUGUAUGAUGCCAAACCGCACCAGAGAAACAUACACUGGGGUACUGCGAUACACCAGGCAAUUAUUUGGCGCCUCCCAUAUCUCCUUUGUCCUUUGUGACUAUGAGUUGGCCCUGAGACAUGCAGUUCGAGAAGUGUUUGCUGGAAUUUUCUUGAGAGGUUGCUGGUUCCACUUCGCAAAAAAUGUAUUUCUCAAAGCUCGCCAAAUGCAUAUAAAUAACGCAGUUGCCGUCAGAAUGGCUAUGGCCCUUCCACUGUUGCCCGCAGAACGAAUUUCUGAAGGGAUAGACUUCGUUUGCGAAAGAAUUAGUAAUGAUGGAUUCACAAGGUUCAUGCAGAGACAGUGGCGUAACACCAAUAUUUCGGUGUUUGGUUUCGAUAAUCGAACCAAUAACGCCAUCGAGUCUCUGCAUGGACAACUAUUAAAAAUCAUAGGCCGCGCACAGCCGAAUUUUUGGGUGUUCGUUCAAUUCCUUCAGAAAUUCGAACACUACAAGUGCUCUAAUCUAAUCAGAGUACUUAGCGGGCUGCAGUUGAGAAGACGGGGGAGACGCCGUUAUAUUGAACUCAAUCAAAGGAUCAAUAAUGCUCAGCAUCAAUUUGAGCAACAUGGCCAUCUGCGUCAUUUUUUGAGUGUGACCAGCCAUACGGUCAUUGGCAUUCACAGAUUAUUCGACCCAAAUGUGCCAAUUGAGGAAAUUCCAGACACGGAGGGAAUGGUUCUGAACGAUGUCCAGAGCUUAGAGGAGGCGGCUAAUAUUGACCUGGAUGUCGAAAACGCAGCCUUAGUGCCGUUUUUUGGAAAUGCUGGAGCAGAGCUCAACCAUAUUCCGGAUCUUGUUAUGCUACAAGAUAUCAGAUUGAAUCAGAUUUUGGCAUUCCGGAGUAAGGGUGAAUCUCUUACUCUAUUGCAAAUCUAUAUGGAAGAGGAGGUUAGGCAUCAGGAUGCUUCAUUGAGACUACCCUAUGGGUUAAACCCUGUGAAGGCUAUGAUGCAACGAGAACGAAGAAAGGUUCAACCGCCUAUACCAGCAUCAUUGGAAGAUGCAGCUUUACAUUAAGCCAAUCCAUCUUAUCAGAAGUACUUUGUUGAUUGGGGCCUCAACAGAAAACAUUCUUUGCUGGGUUUAGAGAUGGGUGCCUCUUCUUCGUUUCCCUUGGAAUUUUGAAUGAGGCAAUCGACGUGAAUAAUCUCCACCUGCACAUGGACGGCACUUGCAAAAUUGUACCUAAAGCAUGUGAAGCACGUCAGUUAUUCAUAGUCAACUGGAUGAAGGAUCACAGAGUGAGUAUAUUCCCUCGAUUAUUGUUUCGUUUGGAAUUUCUAAUUUUUGUUUUUCCUUGAAGGCAAAUCCAAUGGCGUUUUGCCUCAUGCCGAACCGGACCAGACAGACCUACAAAAAAACAGGGGUACUGCAGUUCACUAGGCAACUAUUUGGUACCUCCGUUGUCUCCUCUGUCCUGUGCGAUUAUGAGCUGGCCCUGAGACGAGUAGUUUUGGAAGUUUUCAGUGGAAUUUACUAAAGAGGCUGCUGGUUUUAUUUUGUAAAAAAUGUUUUUUUUUUCACAUUAAUUAGUUAUUUUCCUAACAAGUGUGGAAAGUGAU